GAAAGAAGCCCCGGGGGGUGGCAGGAGGGGCUGCGCUGGGGGUCCUCCCACAGCCCCUGCAGUCCCCUGGCCCCCGAGCAGCUCCAGACAGGGCGUCCUGGAAUACACCGGGAACAUGCAGAGCCGCAUGUGCAUGUGUAUAUGUAAGUGUGCAGAUGUGUUCAUACAUGUAAUGUCUGGGGGCAUUUCCUUCUUUUCCAGUCCACCCCAGUCAGGCAGAGUUGGUGUGAUCCCCAGCACUGGUCUGUGUCCUGGAUGGAUCCCGUGGCUCCCAGUUCCCGUUCCUGAGUUGCCCCAAAAGUGCAGCAGCAGCACACCCAUCAGCAUGGAAUCGCGAUGCUGGAGAAGAAGCUGGCUGAGCUGACGCUGCCAGACAUGUCGGGUGACUUUCGUGUCUUGCGUGUGGGAAAGGUGCACUAUGAGCUCUCCAGACUGCGCCUUCGCAGUUUCCACCUGCCCUACUCACGGAUUUCCCCUGUCCCCAACGUGGGCCUGCAGGUUGCCAUCUCCAACGCCUUCGCCGAGCUGGAUGGGGACUGGCGGGUGAAGAUGCUCUUCAUCCGGGACCACGGCUCAUUUGACCUGAAGGUAGAGAAUGUCUACAUCAAAAUCAGCCUGAGGCUGGGCAGCGACGCCACUGGGAAACCCACCAUCAGCACCUCAGACUGCAGCACCCGCAUCUCCAAAGUCCGGGUGCUCUUUUCGGGCAAAUUUGGGUGGCUUUACAACCUCUUCCACAGUGCUGUUGAGUCCAAGUUCAAGAAGAUUUUGGAGAGUAAGGUCUGUGACAGCGUGGCUGAAUCUGUGCACAAUGAGCUCCAGACAUACGUCCGGACCCUGCCAGUCACGGCCAAGAUAGACGCCAGGACUGGGAUUGAUUACUCCUUCGUGGCACCCCCAGUUGCUACUGCCCAGUCCCUGGACACAGGCCUGAAGGGUGAAUUCUACUCCCUGGCCCACCGCUCCACUGUCCCCUUCUCACCACUGCCGCUGUCCUUGCCCUCGGAUCACGAUCGCAUGGUUUACUUCGGGGCCUCCAGCUACUUCUUCAACACAGCCGGCUUCGCCUACCACACGUCCGGGGCACUGGUCUUCGAAAUCACGGAUGCCAUGAUCCCAAAGGAUGUUGAUUUCCACUUGAACACCUCCACCUUCUCAGCCUUUGUUCCCCAGCUGGAGCAGAUGUACCCGAACAUGCCAAUGAAGCUCAGGCUGUCCACCCCCACUGCCCCGUUCCUGAACAUUGGACCAGGAGGAAUCUCACUCAGGCCCAUUGUGGAUGUCCAGGCUUAUGCCAUCCUUCCCAACUCCAGCCUGGCUCCUCUCUUCGUCCUCAGCCUGACAGGGAACGUGUCUGCUGUCAUCGACGUGAGGUCUGGCCACAUAGUUGGGAGCCUGAAUGUGGGCAGGAUCAAGCUCUCUCUAAAGGACUCUGUUGUCGGCACUUUCCAGGUGCGACUGCUGCAGUCCAUAAUGAACAUCUUUGCUUCCGAUAUCCUGCUCCCCCGUCUUAAUGCCCGGUUAGAUGAGGGUUUCCCUCUGCCACUGCCCGACAGGAUACGGCUCCUCAAUACCUUCGUAAGGUUCCACCAGAAUUUCCUGCUGCUCGGAGCAGACGUUCAUUUCCAACCUAAGGCAUGAAGAUAAGGCCAUGAGGGACCUCCAGCACUGAAAAUACCCCCUUGACUCCUUCACCUUUCCCUGCCCCUGGCCCUGCUGCGGGAGACAAACACCACUGAUCCUGCCAGUGUCCUGCACCACUGCCCUGGCCUGGACUGUGGCCAGGGGCAGCAGCACUCCCAGGGCUGAACCCCCUGUCCCCUCACUGGGGCCUUACCCAGUGCUACUGAGAGCUGAGGGUCCGUUGCCCCCAGCCAUCUCCUCCCCUCCCUCCCUCCUCAUCCCAGGGCCUCUGAGCAGCAAUAAAGGCGCUGGCGCCGGGGC